AUGUAUAAUACAAACACUACUGUUUGCAUUACCAAUCAAUUGCUACUACCGUUUGACGACAAACCCGAUUACCGACAACUCAUUGGCCAAACAGACAGCUAUAUUAUUAUAGACAUACCGUUAUUAUUAUUGAUUGCCGACAAUAAUACCAACAACAACGGCACACAUAUUGUUGUUGUUGACAAUGAUAACAAUGAUGUUGAUACUGAUGAUGACCCCAACAACAACAACAACACCAAACUACCUGAGCUACCUGUACUACCGGUGCUGCAGAACCAGCAGCUGCUUAGCAGCAUCAGUGGCCAACAAAUUGCUACCUUAAUAGUACCCUAUAGUCUCAUAUUUUUAUUGGCCAUUAUCGGCAAUUUACUGGUCAUCGUUACGUUGGCCGCCAAUCGCCGUAUGCGUUCGGUAACCAAUCGUCUGCUAUUGAAUCUGGCCGUCAGUGACCUACUAUUGACUGUAUUUUAUAUGCCCUUAACAUUGAUGGACAUACUAUACAAACAGUUGUUUAUUUUCGGUUCAUUGAUGUGUUCAGUGAUAUCCUAUCUAAAAGCCGUAUUAGUAUUGGUAUCGGUGUGGACACUGGUCAUGGUAUCGGUCGAGCGCUACUACGCUAUAUGUCAGCCGUUGCGGUCGCGCGGCUAUCGGCAGACCCUAUCCUAUGCCUAUCGAUUGGUUGGUAUCGUAUGGUUGGCGUCGUUGGUGUUGAUGUCGCCGAUAGCUGUAGUCAGUGAACUACAGCCCAUCGAAAAUACUGACAAUUAUAAGUGUCGGGAGUCGUGGCCAACAUUGCAACUGUUGACAGCGUUUACACUGUUUUUAGAUAUAUUACUAUUUAUAAUACCAUUGAUGAUAAUGUCCAUCACCUAUACUAGUAGUCUAUCAUUGAAAGCACCGUCAGAUCGGUUCAGCCGUCACCGUCGCCAUCGCCGACGCCGACCCAGCCGUCAGAUCCUAUUGGAAACGGAUCCCAGAGUCGUGUCGUUGACAACAACAACAAACAAUAGUAUUGUAAACCCAGACACUACUACUACUACCAGAGCCUCAUAUGUCGGAAGGCAUAACAAUCGGGAACCACAACCCCAACAACCAAUACUACUGACUCUACGUUCAAAUACCUGUCCACUGGUAGCCGAAGCCCGUCAGAAACGUAUAGUUUGGAUACUGUUUCUAGUGGUCAUUGAAUUUUUUCUAUGCUGGACACCUAUAUAUACGGUCAAUACGAUUGGCAUAUGGUAUGGCCGUGAAUGGGUUGGCCAUACAAUCGGCAACAAUUGGUUAUCAUCAAUGAAAUUGUUGACAUUUUUCACGUGCUGUACUAAUCCGUUUGCCUACGGGUUUAUCAACAUAUGA